UUUGAGAGUAGCGCGGCUGGCGUUGCCAUGGAAACGAGCUAAGUUGAACGCUACGUCUGAAAAAGACGAACACGUUUUACAGAUGUCUCCCUAAUAGCAACAUCUGGAACACAGGGACAUCCACGGUUCCCCAGGCUGGAUCAGAACUCUGCAGCGCAGGGCGUCCGCCCCGUUCUGGUUCGCGGCUGGGUUUCGUAGAGUCACGGUCAGAACGGAACAGCUUCGUGCUGAAUAUCUUCUCACCGCUGUAACAGGAAACGUCUCGAUGGCCGUUUCUGUUGAGGAUGUUUCCUCGUCCCUUGUACGGGAAUACCUGAGCCGAAAGGGACUUAAGAGGACGAUUGCCUGUAUGGAUGAAGAGCAUCCACGCACAGAGGCAAGUAUCAACAACAGGUCACAGCUGAGGCAGAUUCUCAACAUGGAGAGCCUCUAUAGACGGAAUAAGACUCAGAACUGCCCCAUGAAAACACUGCUGGAGAUUAUUGUAAAGUAUCACACUGAAGACUUUAAGGGUGACAAGAUCAAUGACAGUGAUUGUAAUUACGCUCAUGAGCCUUUCAACUCAACUGCUACUUCUCCUGCACUGAGAUCAACAUUAGUGAGUGACACAAAGACAAAGAACAGCACGAUGGCUUACGUUAAUUACACACACAGCAUAUUAAGUUCAGAAAAAGAAGAAACCUGUACUCUUCAACCUACCGCAUUUUAUACAGAGACUGAUAAGCUGUCAAGUCAAAAUCAACCUGGCUAUUAUGAAGGACACACAGGACAAGCACAGAUUUCUUUCAUUCGGGACAAUGAAAAAAAGACUGAGAACAAGGAGAGCACCCAAAGGAGUAAAACUAAUCAAGUUAGACGUGGCAUGAUGGCUGGGCCAAUAGCUAAUACACCUCAGGAACCAAACAAAAAACGACACAGUCGAAGGUUAGAAGAACCCCUGAAGCUGCUCAGAAAAGAAGAAACCACACAGUCUUGGGAUGGACCGCUGGCAACUGGCUUCCAUCAUAAAAGCUUAAAAAGCAGCCUAAAUGAAAUCGGCUCGGACAGAGUUAGACAGGGGACAUGGAGUGGACCAGAGAGGAUGCAAGCUGAAAACUUUGAAAAAGUGGGACCAAGUACAGCAAAAGUAAAGACCUGCCUCCAUGUGGCUGAAGUUAAUAUGUCUGAAAUGGUUUUAGAUGACAUUGAUGAUGAUGAUGAUCAGCAAGAUCUCCACUCAGCAUCCUUCCAGAGAACCAUUGCAGAUUACAGAUGUGCAGGCCAGCCAAUGGACCAACACACCGCAGCGGAAUUGAAAACACUUCUCCUUGGUUCAAGCCUAACUUGUUUCAAUGUUGAGUGGAGGAGUCAGGGUUUCACAUUUUCAGAAACACAUGACCUGAGAUAUGGAAUUGUGCAAAAAAAGGGUGGUCCAUGUGGAGUUCUGGCAUCUGUUCAAGCAUUUGUUUUAAAGAGACUGCUCUUUGAGAACUCCGAAAGCAGCAACACAGGCCUUCAGAGAUUAAGUCCUUCAAACACUACCAGAAGAAAGUGUCUUGCUUUAGCUGCAGCUGAAAUUCUGUGGAGAGCUGGAGAGGAAAAACGGGCUACAGUUGCAAUAAAUUCAGGAAGAAAUCAUUUCAUCCCAGCAGGACACCACAAAUCUGAAGGACUACUUGAAAAGAUAACAUGUUUCACUGUGGAUAGCAUCAAGGAUCUGCAGCUGCUUCUUGAGCAGCAUGUUGAGCAGUUUGAGACUGAAGCCUUUGGUUGUUUACUGCUCACAAUAUCUGCUGUCCUUUCUCGAUCGAUUAAAAGAGUUAGAGAGGAUAUGGAUGUGCCCACCACCUCACUCAUAGGAGCCCAUGGUUACUGCACUCAGGAGCUGGUCAACCUGUUGCUCUGUGGUAGGGCAGUUUCUAAUGUUUUUGACAAUGACAUGGAAUUAGACUCAGGCAACGGUAACAUGACUCUACUCAAGGGAAUUAAGAGCCACUGUGACAUUGGCCUGCUGUCCUUGUUUGAACAUUAUAACAUCUGUAAGGUAGGGGAUUAUCUGAAGACUCCCCGUUUUCCUAUCUGGGUGGUUUGCAGUGAAAGCCACUUCAGCGUGCUGUUUGGCCUGCAGAGGGAGCUGUUGACCAGUCAGGAGGAGGACCUGGAGUUUGACCUAUACUACUAUGAUGGACUGGCCAACCAGCAGGAGGAGAUCCGCCUUACUGUCUCUGUUGGCAAAUCAACCAUUAACUGUGAGAAUGGCGAAUCCGAUCUCAUCCCUCCACUGGAACUCUGUAUCCGAACAAGGUGGAAAGAUGCACUAGUUAAUUGGAAUGACACAGAGCCCAUUCUCUAACCGAACUCACUGUUUGAUGCAGUUCUCCUUCUAGUACUGUAUGUGUACCUUUGAGCAUUGUGUUAACGCUUUUUGCCAUUUAGUUAAGACACAUUAGCCAGGAUCUCAUAUUGGUAAUGUACAGCGCAACAGUAUAGGAGUAGCUGAAUUCUUAAGCAUUAUGCAUAUGAAAAGAAAUGUGAAAUGUAAAUGGCUGAAAUUUAUAGUACUGCCUACAGUGGCCUUUCAUCAUUCUUUAGUGAGCUGUUGAUGACAUAGAAAAAAAAAUGCAAUAUUUCAGGUGAUUUAUUAUUUUCAUAUCAUGUCUUAACAUCCCAUGACCCUUACGAGGACAAAGCAGUAGAAGGUCAGUGAAUGAUUGUCUUAUAUAUUUCAUAUGCUACGUAUUUUAACUUUUUGUAUUUUAAUCUUGGUUUACAGUUUGCUUUGGAACUGACAAAAGUCAAAUGGCCUUUUAUUACAGCAUGACAUUUUGAAAUGAAUGUGUUAUAUACUUUUUAUCUAUUAUUAUUGUUAUUAUUAUGAUGAACAUCAUCAACUGAUGGAGAUAAUUUGAUUUGUUUUUAUCUUAUUCAUAAAUCUUGUGGCUAUUAUUAUUUCUUACUGUUACAUUCAUGAAAUUUCUACUUUUAACAGCCUUUUAUUUGCAAAGAAUAAUAAACUAUCUCAAUAUUUCUCAGCAUUUGUUGUGCCUCUCUCCAUCACUUCAUGAUGGCUACAACACACUACUACACAAUAUGUAAAAUGCCAGAUAUAUAAAGGUAAAAUUCACUAAAAAUAAAUUAGUUUCCUAGUGUGA